CUCCUGGCCGAAUCCGUCAUCGAGGCCGUCUGCGCCAAAACCAAGGAGCUGCUCAUGCGCGAGAGCAACGUGGUCCACGUCAAGGCGCCCAUCACCGUCGUCGGCGACAUCCACGGCCAGUUCUACGACCUCAUUGAGAUAUUCCGAAUCGGCGGCUACUGCCCAGACACAAACUACCUCUUCCUAGGCGACUAUGUCGAUCGUGGCAUGUUCAGCGUCGAGACGAUAUCGCUGCUCGUCUGCCUCAAGCUGCGAUACCCCGAGCGCGUGCACCUGAUCCGCGGCAACCACGAGUCGCGCGGCGUCACGCAGUCGUACGGCUUCUACACCGAGUGCUCCCGCAAGUACGGCAACGCCAACGUGUGGCACUACUUUACCGACAUGUUUGACUUUUUGACCCUGAGCGUCGUCAUCGACAACCAAAUCUUUUGCGUCCACGGAGGCCUCUCGCCCUCGAUCCACUCCAUCGACCAAAUUAAAAUCAUAGACCGCUUCCGCGAAAUCCCCCACGAAGGCCCCAUGGCCGACCUCGUCUGGUCCGACCCCGACCCCGACCGAGACGAGUUCUCCCUCUCCCCGCGCGGCGCGGGCUACACCUUUGGCGCGCAGGUCGUUAAGAAGUUCCUCGCCGUCAACAACAUGUCGCACAUAUUGCGCGCCCACCAGCUCUGCCAAGAGGGCUACCAGGUGCUCUACGACGACCGCUUGAGCACCGUCUGGAGCGCCCCCAACUACUGCUACCGGUGCGGAAACAUGGCCAGCGUGCUCGAGGUGAAUACGCAGGGCGAGAGGUUCUUCAACGUCUUCGCGGCGGCGCCGGAGAAUGACCAGCAUAAGGACAUGCAGCAGGGCAUGGAGAAGACGGCGGACGGAAACUCGUUGCCCGACUACUUUUUAUAA